GUGAACCUGGCGUAAGUCUCUUGAGUUUAAUUUGACCGGAGCCACCUUUAGAUUGUUUCAGGAGAUGAAGAAAACAUUCAAUGUAAAGCAAAAAAAGACGUUGGAAAUCUGGAACAGAAGUUAAAACGGUUGGGAGAUAUUCAGCAGUCACACAAGCGUCAGUGAAGAAGAACUUAAAUAAAAUCGUGUCAGGACAAAGUUGAUCACAUAAGUCAGUCUACCGGCAGGGAAGCAGAGCCCAGUUUUAUAAGAAAGUUUCUGCCUGACUUUGGAAGAUGACCAACUGUUCUAUUGACCAUGGGAUCCAUCAAAAGGUGUUCCCCACUGUUUAUAUCUUGGUCUUCAUCAUCGGCUUGCCCACUAACCUCCUGUCACUAUACCACAGCUACCUGCAGAUCAGGCAGAGGAACGAGCUGGGAAUCUACCUCUGCAAUCUGACCAUCUCUGACCUCUUCUACCUCAUUUCCCUGCCCUUGUGGGUCCAGUACAUCCUGCAGCACGACGACUGGAUCUUCUCGCCAGAGCUAUGCAAGCUCAGCGGCCUGCUCCUCUACCAGAACAUCUACAUCAGCAUUGGCUUCCUCUGUUUCAUCUCCAUCAACCGGUUCCUGGCUGUGACCUACCCGAUGAGCUUCAAGUCCAUGCACACCAUGAAGGCCGCGUUGCUCAUCAGCGCCAUCAUCUGGCUCAAGGAGAUAGUGGUCUGCACCCUCUUCAUUGGCAGCAAAGUCCUCAGUAAAGACGAAGAGAAUGACACCUUGUGCUUUGAGCAUUAUCCCCUGCGCACAAAGGACAUAAACUUAAAUAUUUACCGCCUCUCCAUUGGCUUCUUUCUCCCGCUCAUCUUGUUAAUCUUCUCCUACUGCAAGGUUCUCUCUGUGGUCCACAGGAGUCACGGACUCCAAAUGGAGAGGAAGCUCAGGAUCAAAAGGCUGGUGUCUGGGACCAUUAUCAUUUUCUUGGUCUGCUUUGCUCCCUACCACAUUUUUCUGAUGGUGCGGACCUUAUUUGAACGAAGCUGUGAUUUUGUUCAUCAUAUUUUUGAUGUCUACCACUGUGGGCUCCUGCUGACCAGUUUAAACUGCGUGGCCGAUCCCAUUCUGUACUGUUUUAUCUCUCGGAGCUCACAAGGCUGGCUGGCCAGGUUCCUAGAUCCUUUAACAAGUCUCGUCCGCUGUAGAAGGAGGCAAGGAAUUCAGACACUGGAGAUGAAAGUCAAACCGUCAGUCACCACGAAAACAAGACUUUUACCUCAGGGCCACGAGAAAGUGGUGGAAAAUGGUUACGAUAAUGGAGCAAAGAUCCAACUCAAUCAGUAUUCACAGAAAGAGUUCCAAGAGCCAAUGAGCAUGGAUGUGUAGAGGUCAAAGGACAAUGUAAGCUGAGCAAAAGAGACACUGAUAGAACACAGAAGUGUAGACACCAGAGACUGGAACCUGGAGCAACAAACAAUCUGCUGGAGGAACUCGGAGGUUUGAGCAGUCCUGAUGCACGGGUUUGACCCGAAAUGUCGACAGUUCCUUUCCUCCCACAGAUGCUGCUCGACCCGCUGAGUUCCUCCAGCAGAUUGUUUGUUAGAACAUAGCGUGUGCUUGAGUGUGUGACAGUGUGUGCAGGUAUCUAACUGUGUAUUUGAAGGGGCAGGGAGCGUGUGCCUCUUAAUAGUGAAGCUAUUUCUUUUUUCCCUACCUUCUCCACGAUCUCGCAAGUUCAUCCAGCCUGUUGGAUGCUUAACCCAUUCUUCAAGUGUCAGUGACAGCAACAACCUGUUAAACCUUGCCCAUUACCUGCUCGCCAGCAGAAACAUGGUCAGUAGACCUAAAGUUUAUUGCCUAUAAAUCAUCAUGCAUUACUUUUUUAACGGCUUAAAACUCAUUUCAUCCUAUUCUCUCUGGGACUCAGCAACCUAAAGACAAAUUAAGAAAGUUCAUUUGCACAGAUCUGCUUCGCCGCCGUCUCGUGACAUUUUGCAAGAAAAGUGUGAAUUGACCAUUGUGCCUAAUAAGGUUGAAUAAAAUAAAACAAACUGAACAUGCUGGACAUGCUCAGCAUCCGGGAAAAGGGAAGCACUGCCAAUGUUUCCCGUUGAAGAAUUUUCAUCAGCACUUUUGUGGAGAGUAAGACGCGAGGGGCCAACAAUGAGUUAAACCCAAGGCUGCUAGACCGUGUUAUUCCAGGGAGAACUUCCACAAGUGGCAAAGGAGGACCGUAAAAAAGCAAACCAGUUUGAUCAUUCUCUCCGACUUCAAGACUGCAGUGAGGAGAACCAAUCAGAACCAACCAACCAACCAACCAACUGAUUCUCCCUGAC